UUUUCUUAAUUUUGGUUUUCUGUCGUUCCAUCUCCAAGCACUUCCCUUCCGCGAUUGAAGGUGCUCUUCAUCGUCUCUUCGAUCUCAGAUCGAUUUUUUGUGAAAAUUCUCCGGUGAACACGAUCACGAAUUCUAGGGUUUGGCUACAUCUUCUCCUCUCGAAUCGUCGGCUCUUGGUUCUCGAAUGUUUUCUUGUUCCUCCUGCUAGGGUUUCUCAGAGAUCCGAAUCUCUGGAGGAGGGCAAUUCGGCGCUUUUGAGCUCGUGGCAAGAUGUUCUGGCGAAUGGCGGGGUUGUCCACGGCGUCUCCCGUGGAGACAAUUUUGGACAAAGAAGGUUUCACACUGGAGGAACUCCUUGAUGAGGAUGAAAUUAUUCAAGAGUGCAAAGCCCUGAAUGGGAGACUCUUAAAUUUCUUGCGGGAAAGGACACAGGUGGAACAGCUUAUUAAAUACAUAAUAGAGGAGCCUCCUGAGAAUGCAGAGAAGAAACAAAUGUUCAAGUUUCCUUUCAUUGCCUGUGAAAUCUUCACUUGUGAAAUUGAAAUGAUACUCAAACCGCUAGUGGAGGAUGAGGAGUUGAUGAAAUUGCUGUUUUCCUUUCUGGAACCUAAACAAGCUCAUAACGCAUUACUUGCUGGGUACUUCAGCAAGGUCGUCAAUUGUUUGCUGGUUCGGAAGACUGUUCCAUUCAUGCAAUUCGUUAAAGAGCAUCAAGAAAUACUUAAGCAGCUUGUUGAUCUGAUUGGUAUUACAUCAAUUAUGGAGGUUUUAAAACGUCUGAUUGGCUCAGAUGAGCACUUGUAUACAAACUACACAAGCGCAAUGCAGUGGGUAGAAGAUACAGAUGUUUUAGAGAUGAUUGUGGACAAGUUUGGUUCCUCAGAGUCUCCUGAGGUACAUGCCAAUGCAGCUGAAAUUCUAUGUACAGCAAUACGAUUUGCACCCCCUGGCCUUGGUGCAAAAAUUUCAAGCCCAAGCUUCAUUGGGAGGUUGUUUCAACAUGCAUUGGAAGUUACGCGGCCUAAAUCUGUUCUGGUCAAUUCAUUGUCUGUGUGCAUAGCAUUGUUAGAUCCUAAGAGGUUUACAUUGGGAGCUUAUCAUAUAUAUGGUCGUCAACUAACCCAUGGAACCGUGGUCACCAACCCUGAGGCUGUGGACGGAAUGUUAGGGAGCCUAGGUGAUUUGCUUAAGCUUUUGAAUGUUUCAUCUAAUGAGGGCGUUUUGUUAACUACAUAUGGAAAGUUGCAACCACCUCUAGGAAAACACCGGCUGAAGAUUGUUGAGUUCAUCUCAGUCUUACUCACAGUCAGUAGUGCAUCAGCAGAAAAGGAAGUGAUUCGACUUGGGGCUGUGAAGAGAAUCCUGGACUUGUUCUUCGAGUAUCCUUACAAUAAUUUUUUGCACCACCACGUCAAGAAUGUAAUUCUAUCAUGCUUGGAGAGCAAGAAUACUGAACUUCUCGAUCAUCUUCUUUGUGAAUGUGGUCUCGUUGGAAAAAUACUAGAAGCAGAAAAGGAUUCCACAUUGGCAGCUGAUUCGGAUAAGCCAACAGUCCCUGCCGAGGGUAGAAAGCCACCCAGGAUAGGAAGUAUUGGUCAUUUGACUCGUAUCUCCAACAAACUCUCUCAGCUGGCUAAUACCAAUACUGAAAUUCAAUCACACUUGCAGGAAAAUAGUGAAUGGACGGACUGGCAGAUGGAUGUCCUGUCAAAGCGUAACACCUUGGAAAAUGUGUACUCGUGGGCCUGCGGGAGACCAACUUCACUGCAUGAUCGUACUGGAGAUAGUGAUGAUGACGAUUACCAUGAUAGAGACUAUGACGUGGCAGCUCUGGCUAAUAACUUGAGCCAGGCAUUUCGAUAUGGAAUUUAUAGUAACGAUGAUAUGGAUGAGGCCCAAGGCUCUAUGGAGCGGGAUGACGAGGAUGUCUACUUUGACGAUGAAUCUGCUGAAGUUGUGAUAUCGUCUUUGCGUCUCGGAGAUGAACAAGAGAGCGGUUCACUGUUCACGAACUCGAACUGGUUUGCUUUUGAGGACGAGAGAGAGGCUAACGAGCGCUCGGCGAGCUCGCUUGCAUCUCCUUCUCCCAAUGCCGAACGGACCACUGAAGUUGAUGAUGAUGAUGAUGUGGUCAUAGGUGAAGCCGAUGACUUGGAUGACUCUGCAACCUCCUCCCCGUCAUUCGAACCAAAGCCGGAAGGGACGGAAGUGAAUGAUUUAUCUGAGAAAUCGGGUGAAUCGGAAACUGAUAAAUCGCCUGCUUGGGUUGAAUGGAGAGAAACCUCGGGUUCCGUUGAACCUCCAAAGCCAGUUGAAGCUCCUCCUCCAGCUUUGCUGAACGGUGAGAUUCAAAUGGAGAUAGAUGAUGAUGGAGAUGGUAAAAACAUCAAGAAUUCACCAGAAGCGAGCGGUGGAGAUUCUGGUUCUGGCACCUCGAAGCCAGAGGAAGCGCGUGAGAAUGCUCUCAGCUCCGAAGCUUCGGGACCCGAGAAGGCGGAAAACCGCCAAACAACGAAAGCUGCAGCAGAAACAGAGCAAUCUUUGAAAGAGGAGUCAAAGAGCUAGUUCGAGUUUUUCUUCACGAGCAUCGUGGGCUAUUCUUCGCUAGAAGGGGGGGGGGGG